AUGAAAUCAAUACUUGAAAUAUGUCAAAAUGGAGGUACUAAUGAAUUAAUUAAAAUGAUUGACGAUGGAAUACCUUUUAAUUCACCUGAUGAAAAUGGAAUGUAUCCUAUUCAUUAUGCAGCAUUAUUUGGAAAUGAAGCAGUUAUUAGAGUAUUAAUAAAACAUGGUGCAGAUGUUAAUGUACAAACAAUCAAUGGAAAAACUCCAUUACAUUUUGCUGUACAAGGAGGUAGAUUAACAUUAACUAGAAUACUUCUUCAUGACAAUGCAAACCCAGCAAUUGUUGAUUCACAAAAGAAUAAUGCAUUGACAUUAGCAUGUAAACGAGGAUUUUUACCAAUCGCAGAAUAUAUAUUAAUUCAUUCAAAUGGACUUGCAUCAACAGCCAUUGACUAUUGUUGUAAAGAGAAUUAUAUAAAUUUAAUUAGAAUGUUUAUUGAUUAUGUUACACCACAAGAAUUAAUGGAAGGAUUAUCUAAAAUGAACUUAUCAAAAUGGGGUGAUUUAUCAUCUAAAUUAAUGGUUCCAUCUGGAGAUUUUACUUAUGAAAUUGACUGUCAACCAUUUGAUAAACAACUUUGUGACUACUUUAUUAAUUCUACACCUCCUUUAGACGCACCUUUAAACGUUCAUUCUUCUAUUAUAUUUAAUGAAAUACCAUACUUUGCUUUAAUCCCUUCUAAUUCACAAGUUUCUUUAUCACCAGAACCUCUUAUUGUAAUGUUGAAUUAUUGUUAUACACACACAAUUGAUUCUUUAUUAUUAAGCCAUAAACCUAUUACUUACGGUAUUGAAAUUCUUCGUCUUUCUCAUCCACAACGUCUAGGUUCAAUAGUUCCAUUAAUAACAAAAGUAAUUGAACAAAUUAUUCAAAGUGAUUUAUCUGAAAUUGGUAUAUUAGUUGAAUUCUUUAAAACACAAGACCAUCGUUAUUUUUAUGAAUCAUUAUUUCAAGGUUUAAUAUCUACUUUAUUAAAACAUAUUUCAGUACCAUCUGUUUUAGAAUCAGUUCAAUCUCUUCCACGUGGAUUUAUAGAUGAUAUGAUUAACCUUUUACCAACACAAUAUCCAGAUAUUCAAUUACCAAAUUAUAAUGAAUUAAAGAAUCUUCAAUGGUGA